AUGAGCUUGUGUUCACGGGAGAUCCUUCUCUCCAGCUCUCCCGACGGCCCAAUCAUGGCUUACGAUGCCUCCUCAGGUGCCACCCUUGCUCACUUUACCGGCAGUCACUCACCCCGUAAGGGCCUUGCCCUCGCCGGAAACACCAUGAUUGCCGCUUCUCAUAUCUCCUCAGACACCGCGUUGGGUUCAAUCCACCUCUACAAUUGGUGGUCUUCUUCCGCUUUUCACCAUCUCCCCCUCCCUGAACCUGUCGCUCCCCUUGCCGCCACUCCCGACGGCUUGUACCUCUUUUCUGGUGGCCUCUCAGGUUAUAUCCAUGCCUUGUUGCUUCCAUCAGGCGAUCUUCUUCGCUCCUUUCCUGCACACUCAAAGCCCGUCUCUUGCCUAACAAUCAACGAUGAUGGGUCUCUUCUCAUCUCCGGUGGUGACGACGGUGCCAUCGCAGUAUUCCCGGUAUUAACCCUCCUGGAUGCUUCAGCCGGCGAUAAUUUCUCAAGUUGUCAGCUCACUUUGCACCGUUUUGUCGGGCAUGCCUCGUCGGUGACGUCCAUCAUCUCCGGCACUGGUGGGUGCGGUUCGAUUAUAGUUUCCUGCUCGUUGGACUGCACAUGUAAGCUCUGGAGCCUUGCACAGGGCAUCCACUUGCGUACGCUAAGGUUCCCAUGCAUGAUUUGGGGUGUGGCCAUGGAUCCUACAGAAUCUACGCUUUACGCAGGCGGUUCAGAUGGUCGGGUAUACGUAGCAAUGCUGAAGGUGGCCUCCAGUUCCAGACAAGAGGUGGGUAGAGGGUCGACCGAGUUGGUUGCAUGGACCCAAGAGGCCGCCGGAGGAGCAAUCACGGCUGUUAAAAUGACAAACACGGGCCGGAAUAUACUAACAGCUUCAGAAGAUGGGAGUAUUCGAAUUUGGGAGGUGGAGAGAGGUGGUGUGAUCAAGGUUUUUGGGGAUGGGGGAGGAAGCGUAAGUGAUCUCGUGGUGGCAAAAGGGGUAUACGAGAGUUGCGGUCGCAGCGUCAGGUUUGGUGCAGGUAGCGUGGAAUCAACUGGUUGUUGGAGUCUGGGGUUUUCUGGUAGGGAGCUAAGUAGAGCGAUGGGGAAUAAGGUGAUUGAAAUGGAAGAGACGUUGAGUGAGGUGGUGAAGGAUAGGAGAAGAGCCAUCGGUACACUUGAAACGGCAAUUGGGACGUACGAGAGACUCUUGGAGCUUAUUCUAAAGGAAGCAAAAGAGGAUGAUACUGAGAAUAAUGGUGAGAAGAAUGAACAUGACCGCCGAUGA